AAUCUGUAUUUCAUUUUGUUGCUAGGUUUCAUCAAGGCUUUGGUCACUGAGAUGUGGUCAGUUUUAGAGUGUGGAAAGGAUGACCAUCCAUCUGUCCAAAGACCGGCUCCUUACCCUACCCAACCUAUGGACAGGAUAUCACAUAAGUACUUCCUAAACAUGGUGAAUCUGCUGUCAGCGUUCCCAGCUGUCUAUGAAGUCCUCUCCAAACAACCACUGAAGAACAAAGACUCCUAUUCCUUCAGAGAGAUGCCUGAAACUAUUCCUGAUGUGAUUGAUCGGUUGAUCUUAGUAGACUCUGAAGCAAAGGAGCACUCACUCUUUAAUGUUGAAGAAAGCAACAUAUUUGGUCUUAGAUUACUGAGUGUGUUAGUCUCAUGUUUGGAUACCUUUCUGCUGUUAGAGACUCAAUAUAGGAUUUGGGAUAGACUUCUAGAAGCACAGAUGAACAACUGUAUGGAAAAGGGCGAUGUCAUGGUGGAUGCACUAUCCAUAGAACGGACCCACAUUCUGGUCAGGUCCUACGUGAUCGGUGGUCCCAGGGAACGCAUCCUACCACCCCGGAGCCUUUCAGAUGAUCAGGAAGAACCCUUCCCUUGGCCGAUCGUGACGAGCUUCCCGGUACCCAAGGAGUAUAUCCCUACUGUCUCCAGACAAUCGGUGCAAAAGCAAGACAAUGACUUAUGCCGAGCCUUGUCCAACGUAAAUAACACCAUUGACUGGUUGACGAACUGCAGAGAAGGCUUCCUCACUGUGCUCAUAGAUAAGCACGAUGCCCUCAACUCUAAAACCUUGGCUGACCUUUUAGAGCAGGUAGUCAACGUCCAAUCUGAGUUACCAGAGUUUCAGAUCAUCCCGACCCGACAGGGUGCCAUCAAGGACAGUUCUAUCAAGAACCAAAAGCUUUCUAGUCUCCAGGAGCUCGGCAUCAGGAUGGCUGUCAGGUAUGGUCAACAACUGAAGGUGCUACUCAGUCCUGGUGAAGCAAUGGAUGAUUUGACUUUUCUCCUCAAGAAAUCAAAACAUUUUCUGCACAGUCAACAAAGAAACAUGGCAUCAGAGAUGCGUGGUCUUCAAGGGGAUUACCCUGGUCACGAUUGGUUCCUUUGCACCAUCUUUCUCCUGUACGGGGGUGACAAAGAUCGGGCGUGGUCGGUGGUCCAGAAGAUGGCUUCUCUUCUUGUCUCUGCAUACAUUUGGAUGCCUCGACUCCAUGCGUCGGUUCAACUUCCUGUAGAGUUGGCUAUGAGUGGCAUCAGACCAGUGUUUUCUACAACAUGUUACUUGAUAGAGCUGAUCCUCCAGACAGAACUACCACAGCUCUACUCUGCCUUCAGACUCUCAGGGUAUACACCAUCUCAGAUUUGUCAGCACUGGUUGAGUCAGUGCUUCUGGAAUUACCUGAACUGGCUCGAUAUCUGCCUCUAUGUUUGCCUGUGUGUGUUGAUUGGCUGUGACUAUCAGGUCUACCUAUGUGUGGCCAUCCUUCGCCACAUGCAACCUACCAUUCUACACCACACGCAACAGCAACAGCUGCAGAUCUAUCUCAAGGAGAACAGCCUUGAAGGAUUCCAUGUCGGAGAUCACCUAGCUUACAUGAAGAACUUGGAACGAAAAUUCAGAGGAACAGUCCUCCAAGACAUGCAGAACCUUAGUAAGGCAUGAUUAUGUUCUAGCAUUCAAGAAGAUUAUGGUCCUGCGAUGAUUACUCUUCAUCAAUUAGAGUGGUUUUCAUUCUUCGCACUCGCCUUGUGAUGUCACUCCUGCAUGUUAAAGAGAUAGGUCUACGCUGUGUUCUUAAAGGCCACCGCACACCUUACGACCCGACUGGCUUGCGACUGGGUGAGGGAAGAUGUGAUGUCACAGCUCUUGUC